CAGCAGGUCAUGACCCCAAGGGAGCAUUUCGGAAAGAUGCCAGCACUGAAUGAACAAGGGAUAUUAGGAGAGAAGAAUCUCUACCAGAUGGCCAAUGGCAUUGGAGCAGGUGGACAUCAAGAGUUUCGACACCGGCAGGAAAUGCUGAUGAGAAAUCAAAUGAUGGUAACAAACCCACAUGCUCAGUUAAUGGGGAUCGGACAACAGAGGAUGCAGGGUCUUGCUGUCCACUUUGAGCCACAGUUCCUAGACGGGAACAUCCUACCUUCUUCUGAAAUCCUUAGUUCACCUGAAACACGGCAAAUCCACCUGGGCUCCCAACUUGGCACUUCGGUCCAGACAAGCCUAUUACCCAACCUUACCUACCCAGGGGCAGGUCACAAUAUUCUGCCGCCGGAAGCAAUGGACUCAAUGCUCAGACGCCAAGAAUUGAUUCACAAGCAGAACCUGGUUAGGCUGGAAGUGAAUGCCAUGCUGCAUCAAAAACAGCUGGAGAACACUCAUCGAAAAGGACCAUUGGGAGUGGAAGUGCCUUUCCUUUAUCCUGGCAUUUCAACAGAUGCCAUUACAUUCCACAACAGAUACAGUCUAUCCAAAGGCCAGCAACCCAAUGAAGCAUUUCUCCAUCAAGGUACAUUGGGUGACAUUGGCGUUGAUAAUGGCUUGUUGGUGACAUCCAAUCCAUAUCCUCCAAUUAGUACAUUGCAGAAAGAUAGGAAUCGGAGAGGCACAAGAAGGACAGCCUAUCCGAAGAAUGUGGAAGGUAAUUUAAAUAGUUCCAAGGGCCAUUCAGAAGGCAAGCAAUCAGAUUGCACCUCCGUGACAGCACCUGAAGAAAAGGAGACUACAUGUGAAUAUGAACCAAAGUCAGACCUAUCGGCCAAACCUAACCAAAACAAAAUGGACACAAACUUACCCUGGCUUUUUGGAUUAAGUGGUAGCCAUAAAGACUGUGAGCAAAGACUGAGAAAACAUGGCAGCAGCAAUGAAAAUUGCACUGAGGCAGCCAACAGUAAUAUUUCUCAUGCUCGAACUGAAAAGGAAACGUCCAAUAGCUGUGUCACUUUUCCUAAGUAUAUGUUCCCUUCAGUAUUGCCUCUACCAACAAUACCUUGCCGGUUUCAGAUACCUGGAAGUACACUAACGACAUCAGGAUCCCAUGCCGUAUUCUUGCCUGAAGAAGGCCCAUCUGUUGAAGACAUCCGAAAGUGGACAGUGGAUGAUGUUUACAACUUCAUCAGCUUCUUGCCGGGCUGCUCAGAUUAUGCUCAAACCUUCAAAGAUCAUGCCAUUGAUGGGGAGACUCUCCCUCUCCUUACGGAAGGACAUCUUCUAGACACGAUGGGUCUGAAGCUGGGACCAGCAUUGAAAAUCCAAUCACAGCUGUCUCGGCGUUUAGGGAAUGUGUUGUAUGUGAUGAACUCGCCCCUCUCUGCAUCUCUGCAGCAUGCUUCAGGUGAAACCAUCAAUCAGACUUCAGAUGUAAUUUCACCCGUGACCUUUGCCGAAGGUGUUGACCUGCUGGGAACUCCAUGUGGGCGAGAAAAGGAGAACCUCGGGGUUCCAGAACAGAGUACAAUGGAACAAACAGACAAACCACCUGGCGGGCAAUGUCAUGUACAGACUUCUGAAAAGGUUUAAGUUGAAUU